UGCUGCUUGUAUUUGAGUGCCUGUGACUGCAGGCAGCUGAGAGCACUGAAACCACGCACUGCUCCAGCCUUUGCUUCCAGCGAAGGCGUGGGCAAGGACUCCAGCAAGGCAGAGAGUGGAGAAACAACUGCUGUUUGUUAUCUUCACUGGUCACUUCACUUGGAUGAGAGUUGAGCAGGAAUAUUUACUUGGGUACAGGGUGAAGAGCAUGGAAAGAUGAUUUGAAGCCAAGGAACUGUCUGAAAGUACCUAAGCCUGAUAUUCUUAGCAACCAGCAGUGCUCAAAGGUGGAGGAUGCUAAAGCUAGGCACUCUCUGGAACCGAGCAGCCUAUCAAAGCUAAGACAGCAACUGUUUGGGACCUCUUGGGAUCAUAAUCCUAGGAAGAACAACAACAAAUUCAGCAGUACUAUGGAUUCAAAAGCAAAAGAAUAGCUAUUGCCUGACUUCCAGCAGCUGCAUCGACUUUGAAACUGAGGUUGGGACAUUGCUGGAAAACGUUCUGAAAGGAAGCAACCUGUGCUGGUCAGGUCCUGGGAAAGCAGGUGGCCAAAAGAGGGCUUUCCCUCCUUGCACUGUUAUGAUCGCUGGUUAAGUGUUCUUGUCUGCGUGUGGAAGAGGCAGGAAAAGCCUCUGCAAAUUACUUCCCAGGUCUGUGGCCAAAAGCAAAGGAAACCACUUUGGAUAAGAGUGUGGGCUGAUUAGCAAACUUCUUGAAGAAUGUCUGUCCAGGACACUGAGGACUUCGGAGCAGAAAACCUCUCGGAGAAGUCUCGGAUGAUUCCUAGCCUCCCGCCAUAUGACAUGGAUGACCAGCUCCUUCCCAGGGAGCCACGGAGUGCCUGGUGUUGCUUUGUAUGGAUGCUGGUGGUAGUCACCAUGAACUCCUUGGUCUUUUUCAUUAAUUUUCUCCUGAUGCUUAUUAUCUUCACCAUCGUGCUGCUUCCUACCAUUGUGGUGGUUUACUUUGGCUUCCAAUGCCACUCUCAGGUGCUGCACUCAGCUGCCCGCUACUGCAAAAGCAUCUUGGAUGACAACAGCUCUUCUGCCCUCAUUAUCCUCGGCUUUGUAAUCAUGUCGCCUCUCAUUGUGGUGGCCAUGGCUAUCUACUGCAGCCUGGCAAGGCGUCUCCAUCUCUUCAUGUGCUUCCAGCCGUACAGCAGGGCUGUCUACAAGGGGGUGAAGUGGCGCUGGUAUGAGGAGGGGGGCCUGUGUGGCUGUGCCAAGGGGUGGAACGCUCAAGUCAAAGCCUGGGUAUGAGUUUGCAGCACCAGAGCUCCUGCCCUAGCCAGAACCCUCUUCUCCCUGCCCUGUCCCUCCCCACCAUCACCCCCCACCAUCACCAUCCUGAGGUCUCUGCAGAUGGAGGCUGUGUAGUACCCAGAUGGGAGAGGAAGGGAGCUCCGUUAGAGUCAUCUCCUACAGCUUUGGAGGUGGGUAGGAUUCUGCCCACCACGAGGGAAAAACAGCAAACGCAAGUCCUUGAUGGUAAAGACAAUGUUCAGCCCUGCAAAGGAUGAAGACUCCUCCCAGUGUCUGUUCCAUUCAGAGCACUGUUUCCAGUCCUGACAGCGUGUUCUGCCUCACACGGGGACAUAGAGCACAUCUGUAUCGGAUUAAACAGUGGUGGGAGCGGCUGCUGACUUUGCUACACGCCUCAGAGGUCCCUGGGGGAGAGGCAGCCCUGGGUGAAGUGCUCAGCCGAGAGGAAGCAGCCGUGGCUUUCCCAAGUGUUGGGCUGCUGAUGUUUGUAACCUCUUGGAAAGGUGUCUGUAGGUCACUGCCUCUGUCACGUUUGGGAUGACACUUUCCUACGCAUCAGAUACUCUCCCCCCACUUAGCAAUCCCUCUCUCCCGCAGUCUAUAGCCGCGCUUUUGCCCCUUUUGCUGUUCCUGAGUCAGGUCACGGGUAGGCUGUGGAAACAAAUGCUGAUCUCUGGGUCCGCGUGCUGCUCAUCCCUGCAAGCCGUGUAUUCUGCUGGCUGUUGCUCCCCUGUGUCCCAAAUAUAACCGUUUCAAGCGUUGUGGAUAAA